AAUAUGGCUAAAAAGUCUGGGGCGUGUGACACGCGGUGUCAGUUGUUGUUUACAGAAGCCAUAAACACAGAAAAUUCAAGGAGAAUUGAUUGGUUUAGAAAAAACCAACAAAAAUUAAUUGACAAUUUAGGCAGUGAGAAAAUCAUCAGCCGAGCUAAGGCUCAGGUUGCUGAGUUGGAAGAAAGACGUCGGAAGCGUAUGCAGGCAGAACGACGAGAGAAACAAGAAGCUUCACUUAAACUAUCUCAUUGGCGGCCAGCUUUAGACGAUACUUUGAAUUUGAAAUAUAUGAAAACCGUGGAGCCUCAUGUACUAGACAUUUUGUUUGAAAAAGGCAUGCCGAGUCACGAAGCUAGAAGAAAAUAUCUUCGUGAAAGAUACGAUAAAAUGGUAGAAGAUCGAUUCUACUACCUCAAUGCCAGUAGCUGGACCUACGGUUGGCGUUUGAAAGAUUUCCCACCUGUACCAGCCACAAAAUUGGGAAAGAGUCAGAUUAUUCAAGCUUCAUUUUAUCGCCGGAACGCCUCAAGUCUUCAGCAUGAUCCAAGUUGGUAUAGAUUGUGUCAGACAGGGAAUCCCAAAAAUUACAACGAAAUUUUAACUUAUUAA